ACGAAAGGGCUUAGAAAUCAUUACGCAUUACGCAGUUUACAUUGAUUGAGCGUUGUUAUGGUGUGUGUGGUGUGGUGUUGAUAACCGAAUGAGUCAGCUGGGAGCCAUCGGUUUCGGUACGUUUUCGUUGGUUCAGUAACAGUAACGCUUUUGUAGCGGUCUGGUUAAGAGCGUCGUUUUGUCGUACUCGAAUCGACCCUAUUACUAUAAUAUGAUCGUUUCAAUUCGUUACUAUAAUAAUUUUUUACCGUAUAAUAAUCGUAAUUUAAUAAUAAUUAACGAGGAAGAAAAAAUAUAUAAUUUUUUCGCGUCGUGGUGUGUUCUCGAUACCUAUCUUAUAUGAGAGUAUUUAGUCGAAUCAGCUAAGUACCCGGUGCCUAUCUAUUUGUGUGAUAAUUUGACGACCUUUUUUAAGUUUUUUUUCGGUUUGUUUACUCGCGAGAUUACGUGUUUGUUAUUUUGUUUUUUAUUUUUUUUUUUUUUAUAUGUAAAUCGUCCGGUAUAAUAUUUUCGAUAACGAAUUUUGAUUCCAAGAUGUCGUCGUUGAAUACGCUUGAAAAAAAGGAGGACAUUAAUGGUCUGAAGAAAUCGUUGAAGUUUUUAAACAACAAUACUCAAUUUAAAGAAGAAUACUUCCCCAAACGUCCGGCUUUGGAUGUAACAUUCAAGAAUGUCAGAUACUCGGUUAAAACGUGGAAUAAACUCAGACCAGUGAAGAAAGAAAUUCUACAUGGAGUCAGUGGGGAAUUUCGAUCGGGCGAAUUGACCGCCAUUAUGGGUCCUUCGGGUGCUGGCAAAAGCACCCUGCUGAAUAUACUCGCUGGUUAUAUACAAACCGGUAGCCAAGGUACCGUACUCGUUAACGGAGAAGAUCGAAGGAUACCCGGCAUACAACAUUUUUUAAAGCUCAGCUGCUAUAUUCAACAAGACGAUGCACUAAGACCGCUAUUGACCGUACAAGAGUCGAUGAUUAUGGCCGCUCAUAUGAAAUUAGGAUUGAAAGUUCCUAUGUACAAGAAACUAGAACAAGUACAAGAGUUACUGGAUAUGUUGGGAUUAGCAAAACAUUGCAAUACAGUUACCAAAAGAUUAUCAGGAGGGCAACAGAAACGAUUAUCUAUAGCACUGGAAUUAAUCACCAAUCCUCCUAUUAUAUUUCUCGACGAACCUACUACUGGCCUAGACAGUCUAUCAUGCUCACAGUGCGUCCAACUGCUGAAAAACCUAGCAGCCCAAGGUAGAACAGUAGUCUGCACGAUACAUCAACCCAGUGCACUGGUUUUCGAGAAAUUCGACCACUUGUACGCGGUAGCCGCCGGCCGAUGCAUAUACCAAGGACCAGUGAACGCUCUAGUACCUUAUUUUUCUCAGUUUGAUCUCAACUGCCCACCUUAUCAUAAUCCGGCCGAUUUUCUAAUAGAAGUAGCUAUCGGCGAAUACGAAGCGGAUAAAGAUAAAUUAACGGCGGCUGCAUCGUGUUUAGGAAGAAACACGUUUACGUCGGCUAUUAUAGGACAACCGGGUUACAAAUAUCGAAAACAAAAUCCGGCUUUGUCGAGCGACGAAAUCGUAGAGUAUACCAAAAGCCUGCCCAAAAGUCCGCCGUUUGUGUUACAAGCAUUUUAUUUAUUCAGUAGAAAUAUCACCAGUAUACGUAGAAAUAAGUUGUUCUACCUAAUUAGAAUACUUGCCCACCUGUUCAUCGCGGUGAUUUUCGGUUAUUUAUACGAAGGAGUUGGUAAUAACGCCAGCAGAGCAUUAGCCAACGGAAUUUUCUUAUACGGAUCAAAUUUAUUCUUAAUUUAUACAGGACAAAUGGCAGUCAUAUUAUCUUUUCCUUUGGAAUUUGAAAUGUUGAAAAGAGAGCAUUUCAACAGAUGGUACUCACUGUUACCUUAUUUAGUAUCUACUCUACUUAUAGAAAUCCCAUUACAGGUUGCAUGCAGCACGACUUAUCUGCUACCAGCAUAUUUUUUGACUGGUCAACCAAUGGAAUUAUUCCGGUUGGCGUAUUUUGCUAUUAUUCUAAUCGUUACCUCGUUAACCGCCCAAAGUACUGGUUUUUUAUUAGGGGCCACUUUACCAGUAAAUAUAUCCGUAUUUAUCGGCCCCGUCUUAAUGGUGUUAUUUUCGGUAUUCGGAUUCGCUAUCCGAUUAGCCGAUAUUCCUGCAACUUUCAAAUGGUUACAUUAUUUUAGUUUCGUAAGAUCUUCUUAUCAUAGUUUACUAUACUCGAUGUACGGUAUGAAAAGAUCGCUGUUACCGUGCGAUCAAACCUAUUGCCAUUUUCGGUACGCCGGCCAGUUUCUAGUGGAAAUGGACGUGAAAGAUUUCGAAAUGUACACGGAAUUCUUCUACAUUUGUUUCAUUUGCGUUUUAGUUUAUAUUAGUACUUCGUUUUGUAUUUGGUAUAGACUUAAUAAGAGAUAAAAAAAUUAAAAAAUGUUAUUUAUUCGCGCGUCGAUAAAGGUGUCUUGAUGGUGGUUGUGAAAUGUGGUCUUGUCCAAGCUGCCAUAUCCGGAUUAGGGAUCUCAAAGUCAUCCAAACUGGCCCAGUCGUCUCGUCUCCACUCAUCACUGAAGUAGUCUUUAGAGCCAGGCUCGGAACUUUGAUACGAUGAAGUGGAAGGUUGGUCAAGUCUUGAGGAUGAAGGUUGACUGGGAUCGUCGAGUAUGCCUAUUUUGCCCUCUUCCAUCUCGAUGGACGAAUCACUUCGUGAUACUUGGAUCCAAAAUUUCCACCAUGGAUUUUGUUGUUGUGAUUCGGGUGGAGUUGGUUUUUCGGUUAUUUCGCCAUCGGAGUCUCUGCGAAGAUGGAGAACGCGAAUUACUCGUAAAUGGAAAGAUGAGAUAUUAAAAGUGCAAUUUGUUUCGAGACUUACUCCUCUUCGCUGACAUCUAAGCCUUUGAAAUUCUGAGGCAUGUUGCACAGCAGGCAGAUGUAAUUAAUGAUUGCGAAACAUUCUUUAUCGUAGGUGCCUGUGCAUUCUGGAGUAGCACAUCUUAUCGUAGGGUUCUUAUAACCACAUACCAUACAUUCUUUGAAUAGAUUACGAAACGGUAAGAAAAAAUAUAAUCUGGGGAACCUGCAAGAGAAAAAAAAUACAAAUGUUCAAGUUAUAAGUAUUUACUUCCCUGGUCAAGUUUUUCAACUUCAUCGUCAUCCGGUCAAAUGUGAUAAUUUAAUAAAAUAACUCUGUUUAUGUAUCCUCCUUGUAAUCUUAUAUGCCCUGAACUGGUUAUAUAAAAUGGGCAUAUUGUAAAUUAAAUAAUUUUUCAUCA